AUGCGUCCAUGGGCGGGCUCGUGGCGCUGGAUCACCCUGGUGCUGCUGGCGUGGGGCACGCUGCUCUUCUACAUCGGCGGGCACCUGGUGCGGGACAGCGAGCGGCCCGAGCACUCCAGCCGCGAGCUCUCCAAGAUCCUGGCCAAGCUGGAGCGCCUCAAGCAGCAGAACGAGGACCUGCGACGCAUGGCCGAGUCGCUACGGAUCCCUGAGGGCCAGUCAGAGAGGGGGCCGGUUGCCGUGGAGAAGUUACGUACGCUGGAGGAACAGCUGAACCGGGCCAAGGAGAAGAUCCACAGCUACCAGCAGCGCUCGGGAGACGUGGGCCCUGGUCAGGAGCACGAGGAGUUGCGGAGGAAGAUUGAGAACGGCGUGCGGGAGCUCUGGUACUUUGUGCGCAGUGAGGUCAAGAAGCUGGGCCACGCCGACGGGCCCAUCCGCCACCGGCACGCUGACAACCUGCUCCAGGACCUGGGCCGCCAGCAAAGGUCCGUUAUGACAGACUUGUACUACCUCAGCCAAGCUGACGGAGCGGGAGACUGGCGAGAAAAGGAGGCCAAAGACCUGUCUGACCUGGUGCAGAACAGAAUCACAUACCUACAGAACCCUGCGGACUGCAGCAAGGCCCGUAAGCUGGUGUGCAACAUCAACAAGGGCUGCGGCUACGGCUGCCAGCUGCACCACGUGGUCUACUGCUUCAUGAUCGCCUACGGCACGCAGCGCACGCUCAUCCUGGAGUCGCACAACUGGCGCUACGCCGCCGGCGGCUGGGAGAGCGUGUUCCGGCCGGUCAGCGACACCUGCACCGACCGCACCGGCGCCUCCACCGGACAGUGGUCAGGUGAGGCCCACGAUCGUGAGGUGCAGGUGGUGGAGCUGCCCAUCGUGGACAGCCUCCACCCGCGGCCGCCCUACCUGCCCCUAGCCGUGCCGGAGGACUUGGCCGACCGGCUGCGUCGUCUCCACGGCGACCCGUCCGUCUGGUGGGUGUCCCAGUUCGUCAAGUACCUGGUGCGGCCGCAGGCCUGGCUGGAGAAGGAGAUCCACGAGGCGUCCGUCCGCCUGGGCUUCAAGCACCCCAUCAUCGGGGUGCACGUGCGGCGCACCGAUAAGGUGGGCACGGAGGCGGCCUUCCACCCCAUCGAGGAGUACAUGGCGCAGGUGGAGGAGCAGUACCAGCUGCUGGCACACCGCCUCCCAGUGGACAAGAAGCGCGUCUACCUGGCCACGGACGACCCCACACUCCUACAGGAGGCCAAGACCAAAUACCCAGACUACGAGUUCAUCAGUGACAACGCCAUCUCCUGGUCGGCUGGCCUGCCUAACCGCUACACAGAAAACUCCUUGAGAGGCGUCAUCCUCGACAUCCACUUCCUCUCCCAGACCGACUUCCUGGUCUGCACCUUCUCAUCACAGGUGUGCCGCGUGGCCUAUGAGAUCAUGCAGAUGCUGCACCCGGACGCGUCCAGCUCCUUCCGCUCGCUGGACGACAUCUACUACUUCGGCGGUCAGAACGCGCACAACCAGGUGGCCGUCUACGCGCACCGGCCGCGCGACGCCGAGGACAUCCCGCUGGAGCCCGGCGACGUGGUGGGCGUGGCCGGCAACCACUGGAACGGCUACUCCAAGGGCCUGAACCGCAAGCUGGGCCGCACGGGCCUCUACCCCUCCUACAAGGUCCGCGAGAAGGUCGAGACGGUCAAGUAUCCCACGUACCCCGAGGCGGACAAGCUGCUGGCCUCAUAGGGGGGGGGGGGACGGAGAGAGAAAAGGAGGAGAAAGAAAGAGGGAGAGAGAGAGAGAGAGAGAGAGAGGAGUGAGCUCUUCAAGAGAGAUGACAAAAUGGAGGUGAAUCUAGAGACAAAAAUGGAGCAAAGUGAAGGAACAAAAUGGAGAGUGUGUAAGCUGGAGCAUGUUGUGUUGUGAAGGAGUUACACAAACUGGUGUCGCCACUGAUGAUGUGGAGAUGGAGAUGGAGCGGAGGAGUGUUCCUGACCUCCAGUUGUGUGGAGGCAGUGUGUGUGUGUGUGUAUGUGUGUGUGUGUGUGUGUGUGUUUGUGUUGGUGUGUGUGUGAGGGUGCGUGCCUUUGCCUCUUGGUGAACACAUGAUUGAUUGAAACAGGCCACUGGAAGCUUCUAUAUGGGAGCAGCAAAGAGUGUACACAUAUCCCAGCGUGCACUGCAGCAGAGGGGUCAACGCCCUUAAGUAAUGACUAAUAUGAACUUCAUACAUCAAGCGGAAGACAUAACCUGAAAAAAAAACAAGUGAAGAUCUUAAAAAAAAUUGAAAGAACUGUUUCCCUUUCUUUUUAAGUUGACCAUAUUUAGUAGUUUAAACUCUACACUGGCCUUUCAUAACCUUCCGCUUUGCCUUUUGUCCUUUUUCUCUCUUGUCUUUUGGUUUCUUUCUUUCAUCUUUUCAUUCUCCUCUUUCUCUGUCUUCACCACCUCUAUCAUAUCUUUCACUGCUGUCUUUUGUCUCCUCCCUCACCUGCUAUUAAGUUGUCUACACCAUUUGAUGCUCGAAGAAGGAAAAGGGACUUUUCAGUCCUGAAUCUCUCUGUGUGUGUGUGUGUGUGUGUGUGUGUGUGUGUGUCUAUAUCUGUGUCGGUGCCUGUGUGCUCAUGUUGAAGGUGCACCCCUUAAUGGUGCUUAUUGAUGGCAUUGUAAAUGGCUUUUGGAUUUCUCUAGAAACUUGAUGGUGCAUAUUUCUGUAUGUGUGUGUGUGUAUGCGCGCGUGCAUGUGUGUGUGUGUGUGUGAGAGAGACUGACAGUGAUACAAUGAAAACCUUUUGGAAGGCUGCACUUACCAAGUCCCCACUCCCCCCUCUCAUCCCCCUCUCCCACCCCCACCCCCGAGGCCCUUUCCCUGAGCUGUGUGUUCCACCCCUCCAGAGGUUCCUCAGGGUCUAGUCCUGCCCCCUCACCCCACAAACAGAAGAACAUCGCCUUGCUGCCGUGACAGAGAGGUGUCUGAAAAGCGUGAAGGGCGUGAAGAUAACAAUUAUGGUAGGACGUUAACACGAGCAAGAACAAUAAACCAGCUUGCGUAAGCUAGCAGACUAACAUCAGAAAGUUGGCUGACGACGGAUGGUACAGUACAGACCAGGCAGACGCUAUCAUCGGUUACGACAACGAUAUAAUCAGAUAGUGCAGGGUUUGUUUCUCACUAGAUUUUGGACAAAUCUAAAAAAAACUUUUCACGGCUGUUUAGAGAGUUGCCCAGAUUUGUGGGUAAUAGGCAGCAUGGAGGAGGAGGCAUCAUAGCUCCCUUUGGAGUCAGCCGUUAUGGGGGUAGUUGGAAGGUUCCUUAGAAGGCACGAAAAGAGAGUCUGAUCCGUUUGGGACAGCACUUGUUGCCUCGCUCCCCUGUAAGAUAUCUUAAACUGCAGCCCUGAGCUUUUUUAGGUCUUUGGUACAGUAUUAUUUGCCCUCAAUGGUGUCUUCCAGGCAGCCCUGCCUUCAAGGCACUACUCCCCUCAGUUUAGGGGUAGGAUGAGGGUUGAGGGGGUUAAGGUUAGGAAUAGGGUAAAGGUAGUGCCUUUUAGGCUGUGCUGCCUGGAAGGUGCCGUUGGGGGCAAAAAACACCAUUGAGCGCCGCUUUACCCGUUUGGAACAGAGUUACAGUCUCCACCAGCCUAAACACCUGCACCCCCAUCCCUGCACCCCCAUCCCCACCCCUCCACCCCCCUCUGACUGUCCUAUUCUGGGCAUUCCCACGUCUUUGUUUGGCUCAUGUGUAACUGGUUGUCACUUGUGUUCGAGACUCUUUUAACUCCAAAUGAUGGACUGUUUUUGUAAUGAAGGCUUUUUAAAGGGGUGAUGUCGAGGUCUUCAAAGGAGAACGCCAGUCGUUUCGGACAGCUCCAGGUUACCCAGGAUGCCGUGCUUUCCCGUUGAGUUCAGGUGGACUUUGCGCAUAUGGCAUUGUCUUUGAUAACCACAGACCCAUUAAACUGGAGAAACACCUACGUGUGCGUGCUUUUUUUCCAUCCACGUGUGUGUGUGUUUUUGUGUGUGUGUCUGUGUCUGUGUCUGUGUUUGUGUUGGUGUCUGUGUCUUUUGUGCAAUUGUGUAUCUGUCUGUGUGUGUUUUGUUGAUGAAGGAAACUAUGCUCCCUUAUAAACUUAUAAACAGCAAGCUCUCUCAAACUCUCCUAGUGUUGAUACAGUAUACACACUGCUAAAGGCAAUGCCAUUUUCCAAAU